AUUCAUUCCAGCAAGAUGGCGCCGGCACUGCUGGAGGUUCUGUGCAGCCUGACGGGCUGGUUCGGUAUGUACAAGUUGCUGUGCCGGGUCUCGCCUCAGCGCGGGCCCGAGUGGAACUGUCGACUGGUCACGCUAACGCACGGCUUCGCAAUGGUGAUACUGACGGCGUACGUGGUCUUCGUGGACGGACCCUGGCCACUCACGCAUGCAGGUAGCGAGAACACGCCUCUCCAGACCUCCGCGCUCUGUGUCUCCCUGGGCUACUUCCUGUUCGACAUGGCCUGGUGCGUACGCUUCGGCAGCGAGAGCGCCGUCAUGCUGGGCCACCACGCCGCCAGCAUCGUCGGCAUCCUGCUGGGCCUGCUGACGGGCGUGUCGGCGUGCGAGACGUGCGCCGUCAUCUUCGGCAGCGAGCUCACCAACCCCCUGCUGCAGGCCCGCUGGUUCCUGCGCCGGCUGGGCCGCUACGACGGCCCGCUGGGCGACGCCGUCGACCUGCUCUUCAUCUUCCUCUUCGCCACCGUGCGGGUGGGCGUGGGCGCCGCUAUGUUCUACUGCGAGCUGACCUCGCCCAGGACCAGUCUGGUGAUGAAGCUGGGCGGCGUGGUGAUGUACGGGCUGGCGUGGGUGUUCAUGGUGGACAUCGCCAGGUUCGGCUACAAGAAAAGUCGGAUGCGCUACAGACAGUGGCGAGAGAAACGCGAAGAUUCCAAAGUGGACGGAUAUCAUUUAGACAACAGUUAUGAUCAAAAGAGUUGAGUUCUCAAGGUUUCCUUUUUGA